GCAAUCCGUAAGAGACGGGAGCGAGUCAUACGUAGCCGAAAAUUAAACCCGAUUUCCUACUCGGAUUUAGCAUGACUUACGUUUUAAAAAGCACGGACCAUAGAGUCACGGGAUCAAUAUGAUUACCUGAAAAUAGGAACGUCGUUUCAUGAUAAUUACAACAUUUUGAGAUCGAUCUUUAUCAUGAAUCUCAAUUUAUCUGGAACUAUCAACGUUUUCAAGCUCUUAGCAAAGCCGUCUCUAUGUCUUCCCCAUGCAACUGUCUCCACAUUCAAUGAGAUACCGAGUCCUUUCAAGAAAGUCUUCGAAGGUCAUAGGGAGAAGGUAGACAUCAGAGCUGUAGUACUUGACAAAGACGAUUGUUUUGCCUAUCCGAACACCAAUGAGAUUUAUCCUGCUUACGUUGAACGUUUUCAAUUGCUAAAGAAAGAAUUUCCUGGUCAUCGACUUCUGAUUGUAUCCAAUACUGCCGGGGCAACCACAUACGAUCGCGAUGGUAAUUUGGCAAAUGGACUUCAGGAGGCAACGGGGAUUUCGGUAUUAGCGCACGGGGUGAAGAAACCAGGCUGUGGCGAUGAAAUCAUGGCUCAUUUCAAGGCCCAUCCCGAAGUUGGAGUGACUAAUCCGAGUCAAAUUGCAAUUGUCGGAGAUCGUCUGAUGACUGAUAUGAUGCUUGCCAAUAUGAUGGGGAGCUGGGGUUUAUGGAUCAAGGAUGGAGUCAAGCCUCUGAAUGAAAAAAGUGUUUUCUCCAAACUUGAGCAGCGCCUCAAGCCGUUCCUCACAAAACGUGGCUACCGAGCUUUCGACCCGCGCAGUCCGUUCGAGUAAUCAUAUAGGCACCUAGGUACGCAGCUAAGUGCCUCCAUGUCCAUUAUGAAAUAAUUUCCGUGAUCAUUAUAAAUCCAAAAAAAA